AACACUUUAUUCUCCAUGAGCACUGCUUGUGACCCUUCACACCAUCAUCUCUCCUUGAAUAUGCCCUUCAACGACAUUGAAAUCCCUCCAAGGAAACUCCAACAAUGUUCCCACGCCGCCCUGAACCUCCCUUCCAACAACAAACUUCAUCAACAAGACGACCGCGUUGGCGCCGAUGAUCCCUACGGCAGUGACCAUUUCCGCAUGUACGAGUUCAAGGUGAGGAACUGCACUAGGAGCCGCAAUCACGAUUGGACCGACUGCCCCUUUGUUCAUCCCGGCGAGAAGGCCCGCCGCCGCGACCCGAGACGGUACCGGUACUCCUCCACCAUCUGCUCCGACUUUCGGAGCGGCGGCGGAUGCCCUCGCGGGGACGACUGCGAGUUCGCUCACGGGGUGUUCGAAUGCUGGCUCCACCCUACACGUUACAGAACCGAGGCUUGCAAAGAUGGCAAGAACUGCAAGCGUAAGGUUUGCUUUUUCGCUCACUCUUCACGUGAGCUUCGUCUCUUGCCGGAGCCGCCAUUGCCCAAGUACAAAAGUUCAGACAACAAAAACAACCAUUGUUGCUUGUUUUGUCACCCUGUUACCUCGUCCCCCACGAGUACUUUAAUGGGUCUACCUCAGUUUUCGAGAUCGCCGUUACUGUCGCCGUUAAACCAGACAACUAGUUUUUCACGAGUCUCAAGGUACAGUGAUCGUUUAAGUAAGCUUCGGACAGAAAUGACGAGCAGUUACGGUGAUGUUUUUUUCAACGAGCUGAUGAGUUCGUUGGAAACCAUGAACCUUACUUCGCCAGUGGCUGCUGCUGGGAAUGAAGACAUUAAUAGUCCCUGGCCUGAUGUUCCGUCCAGCGGGGAAGAUGCUCAGCAGCAAAACGCCGUCGUUUGUGAUCCUGAUCCUGAUAUUGGGUGGGUUAAUGAGCUGCUUAUGUAGAGAAUUGGAGAAUGAUCAACCAUUAUAUAUUAUGAUGAUGAUGAAGACUUGACAUACAUUCAUGUAUGAGAUGUUCAAAGUGUUAUAUAUUUAUGUGUGAUUUGGGUUGAA